UGGACGAUGGUUCUGGAGGUCUGGGUGCGAGGACUGGGAAUUCUUUGGACCACUGGCAGCUCAAGAUCUGCCAGUCACAGAUCCUGAUCUCCUUUUGAUGGGAACCGUGUUGCUCUGAGCGGGUGUUAUGGUCUCCAUAUUCCUUAUUUGGCCUACUUCGCUGUUUCCCUUGCCUGCUGCCCCUCCACUCUUACCCCCUCUCACCUCUCAUCUGCGGCCGCCGGCUAGAUGCUCGACAUUGAGAACGAGCCAGUUGGAAGUGGGAGAGGCCCCCUGCCUUCCGUUUGCUGCGCAACAAUCCACCAGACCCGUCCUCGGAACGUGGUGCUUGGUCUUAUAUCCAGCUCAUUGGACCGUGAUCAUUAGCUCUCUGUCGAGUCCCGGGCCAUACACCACAGCAAGCUUUCCGUUUCUUUUGCCUUCGCCUCUGUGGGGGCAAACUGGGCCAGCUUUCGGUGUUGCCGUUGCCAGUUUUCGUCCUGGCAUGGCGAUACUACACCAACAAGCCGCGAUAAGCAUAGGGCACUGGCGUUGCUUUUGUUGUUCCUCUGCUUCGUACUUCCCAAGCCGGGCAGUCACCCCCUGCCUCUAUGGUCCGAACUAGGAGCCAGAAAUUCAGCAGGAAUUCGCCGGGUUUACACAAAACCAAAACGUACCCAAGAUUCGAGCAGCUGCUCGAAAUGUGAAAACAGAACCGGACUUCUUUCAUGAAAGCCCGGUUGUUAGUCGCCCACCUCGGACCCCCGUUCUCACUCCCGACCACAUCAACAAAUUCUCGCGCUCCCCGGUUUCUUGCCAUGAGAUUCGGAUUCCCCUCCCUAUCUGCCGUGGAAUACUCGUUCAACCAACCCGAAAACCCCCGUUAUUAACUCUGCGGCAC